AACUCGUGGUCGCGUAUCUAAACACCGUCUGAAACAUGAGCGUAUCCGGAAGCUGCUACUGCGGCGCUGUCAAGGUUACCUGCACGGGGGAACCCAAAGUCAUGGCCGUGUGCCACUGCAGGAGCUGCGCGAAGUGGGGAAGCAUCAACUUGGCCACGCUCUAUCCCUGCGAUCAGGUGAAGGUCGAAGGCGAACUCGUCGAAUUCACCAAUCCGCCGCCUGAGGGUAAGCCCAAGGGCUCCAACAGGAAGACCUGCGCCAAAUGCCACUCAAAUGUGCUCAAUGACCAUCCCGAUACGAUGGGUCUCACUGACAUCGUUUCCGGCAUCCUCGAACAAGAGUUCAAGCCCGGCAUGCACAUCAAUUACGCCGAGGCCACCUGGAAGGUGAACGACGACCUCCCAAAGUUCGCAGAUGUCCCCACCGAACUGGGUGGAAGCGGCAAGAUGCUCGACAACGCCGGAAAUCCCAUCGCGUCGCCUUAAAACAGAGGUCACCCAGAGCUAGCACUACUUUGUCACUUACGAAGGUAGUCUACGAAGGAAGGUAGACUACCUUCGAGGGUAACUUUUUACCUUCGUACUAGACUACUCUUG